ACGAUGAACAUCAAUGUGAUACUGGUUUUCCUCUUCACCUUCAGUCGGAUCACAAAGUCAAACUUUGAGUUUCACUCGGUUUUGGUUCAGCCUGGUGAAGACGUCACUCUGCUGUGCUCCAACACAAGCAGUAAUAUCGAACACCUAUUCUGGUAUAAACUGGUUGAUGGAUCCAAUGUCAGCCGCAUCUCAUCGAUGUUUGAUUUUGGAUAUGAAGCUCGUCUAUUUGUCGGAUUUCAACGUGAGAAAUUCGUCAUGACAUCAAAUGUCACCAACAUCUUUCUGGACAUCAAACAAGUAAAUUUCUCAGAUUCUGGAGUUUAUAUCUGUGGAACCAAGUCAGAAAGCUGUCUGAACAUCUUCAGUGAAACAUAUUUACAAGUUGAAGGAGCCACCCGACCCAAAUGUGGAUCAGACCCAGAAUCAAAGCAAGAUGGAUUCAACAAAAUGCUCACUCUGACUCUCGGAGGUUCAGUGAUUCUCCUUGCUGCUGUCAUCCUGGGCCUGGUUUGCAAGAUCAGGACUUUUCAUAAAGCUCCAACCAACAGGCAGCAUCAACAGCAAAACGAGAACCUGGACUCUUUAAACUACGCAGCAGUGAAAUUCAGAGCCAAAGCCGACAGCAAAGCAAGGCAAGAGAGAGAGACGGAGAACGGUGUGCUCCGUUCUCUUGUCUCCACCAGAUAGGACGACAAGUCUGUCGUGUUCAGCUCCUCUGGUUCCCUGAAGAUCCUGACGUUUUCAUCAAUUAGUCGACGUCCCCCGGACAGAACGCCAAAAUGUGGACAUGUCCAGGGAAAAGAGGACAUCUGGUCCCCCCUACACAACAACAGACGGACACAGUCAUGUCAA